CCGGCCAACCCUGGGAAAGGGACUUCACCCCUCUAUUUCUGCAGGGGCCCUUCAACGCAGUGUGUGUGUGUGUGUGUGUGUGUGAGUGUUGCAUGUGUGCGCGCGCCAGCAUCCAGACUUCGGUCCAGAUGCGAGCGUCCGCCCGGCCCCUAGCCCCCCACCUUAGCUCCUCCCGUGGUGUUGUGUACGUGUGUGCGCACACGAGUGUGUGCCUGUGUGUGCAGCUGAAGAGUCAGACUCGAGGUGUUUAGCUCGCUCCCUCCCAUCCACGUGGCUCCGGGAGGGCUAUAUUAGGUUCGCAGGAAGCCAGCCCAGGGAGAAAGCCGAGCCCGGGGGUCGGGGGACGGAGGAGUGCGGCCCGGCGGACGCUGAGGCGGCGGAGGGGAAGGAGGAGAAGAAGGAGGAGGAGGAAGAGGAGGUCUCAGCGUUUCUGUUACACACACUGAGUCUCCCUCUCUCACUCUUCUCUCUCGUAAGGCUCACCACUAGCCGGAGGGAGCCGACUCCUCCCCCCUUUCCCACUCCACCCACCCACCCCCCUAAAACCACGAAAACCUCCUCCCCUCUCCCACUUACAGCCCAGGGAAGGUGUUCCGGAGACCGCUCCCACCCCCUGCCCCAGCCCCGCCCAGCCCCCGCCCCUAGGCUCCCCAGCCCCUUUCGAGCUCCUGCUCCCCCACUAUGCCUGACAGUUUCGACACUUGGCAAAGACAAAGAGCGAGAGACCACGGGGAGGAGAAGGAGGAGGGAGAGAUGGAAGGGGUUAUGUGAAAUUCGAGUGCCCAGGACCUCACUCUCCUCUCUCCAGCUCAAAGCCUCCCCACCCCUGCCCCCGACAUCCACACACCCAUUCCCCCACCCACCGGACCAGUCCACGAAACUCUCCACGCCUCCGACCACGAGGGAAUAUCGUGCCAAGUGUGGAGUCAUGAGAUCAGAGUUUGAAUUCUCUCUGUGUUUGCUUCCUUGUGGUCUUAAGUGUGAUGAUUGGAUUGCAAAAAGGAGAGAUCUGAGGAAAGAGACCAAUUAAGAAGCUUUCCAGAUUUCAGUGAGAUGAAGAAGACCUGAAUGAACUCCAGUGGUGGCUAUAUAACAGCCAGGUCCCUGUGAUUCAAGCAAAUGCUGGCUCCUUCUCUCGCUCCUUUGAUUGGCACCCAGGAUUCAAUCUCAGGGAAGACAAACUUUUUGGAGGUAUGAGGAAAAGAAUCUUUCAUCUUGCAGCGAGGUCCCUUCAUUGAUAUUCUCCGCCUCAAGGCUAGUCAGACUCUGACACGGAUAUUAAUUGCCUCUCAAUCUGUUUGAACAGGGAAAGGAAAUCACUGUUAUUUGUUUUGAUUAAAGCCUUGAAAAGAGAAAUCAGUCCUUGUUUAGGAGAACUGAAGAAACAGAACCAAUAUUAUUUUAUUUAAAACACUAAGUGAUAAGAUAAAUAGAACAGUGACUCCCUACAUGAUACACUCACUGUUCCUGGAAGAUUACAGAAGUUCUAGGGGACAAUGGAACACUUCUUCUCAAAAAGAUGAAUUUGGUGUGGGCCUUACCCCUCCACUAAGGAUAUAUAUCCUCUCUCUUCCUUUAACCAAAUAAGGCUUCACCCCAAUUUUUCAGCCCCUGAGAAAUCUCUUAACCCAUUCCUGCCUGCUAAGACUCCCACUGGGGAAAAAAGAUGGUGGCGAUCAGGAAGAAAGGCCUGAAAGUGUUUACCUUCGUCAUCCUCCUGGUUUUUCUCACAUCCUUCUUCUUGAACUAUGCUCACACCACAACUACCUACACCUGGUUCCCCAAGCAGAUGGUGAUGCAUUUCUCAGAGCACUUCAAAAGAUUCAUGAAGCACCCUGACAGGCCUUGUAGUUGCAGCCAAUGCAUCUCAGAGACUGGGUUUCUGCCUUGGUUCGAUGAGAGAUUUAAUCACACGAUGCAGCCAUUGCUGAAUGCCCAGAAUGCUUUCUUGGAGAAUGACACCUAUAAAUGGUGGAUGAAACUCCAGAGGGAGAGGCUGCCCAGGAGACUCAAUGACACCUUCAAGGACCUGUUCCGCAUUGUUCCCAGAGACAUCGACCCACUUCUAGAGAAAGGGCCUCUGGUCUGCAGGCGUUGUGCUGUCGUGGGCAACUCGGGAAAUCUGAAGCAGUCCCAGUAUGGGAGAGACAUUGACAGCCAUGACUUUGUGCUGCGGAUGAACCGGGCCCCCACAGCAGGAUUCGAAGCUGAUGUCGGGAGGAAGACCACUCACCAUUUGGUGUACCCCGAGAGCUUCCGGGAACUGGCAGAAAAUGUCAGUAUGAUCCUGAUUCCCUUUAAGACCAUGGACUUGCAGUGGGUGAUCAGUGCCCUGACCAAAGGCACCAUCAACUUCACAUAUGUCCCUGUACCCCGAAAAAUACAGGUGAAGAGAGAAAAGAUCCUGAUCUACCAUCCAGCAUUCAUCAAAUACGUCUUUGACAGCUGGCUCCAGGGUCACGGAAGGUACCCAUCCACUGGAAUUCUCUCUGUGAUUCUUUCCCUACACAUAUGUGAUGAGGUGGAUCUCUAUGGUUUUGGAGCAGACAGUAAAGGCAACUGGCAUCACUACUGGGAGAAUAACCCUUCUGCUGGGGCUUUCCGAAAAACAGGCGUUCAUGAUGGUGACUUUGAAUCCAACGUCACCUCCACUCUCGCAUCCCUUAACAAAAUACGAAUCUUCAAGGGGAGAUGACCCCAGGACAGGUGAGAAACUGCAGUGGAUCACUCUCUGUAAUUUCAGCCCCUGGCUCCUUCUUCGGGGUCUGUGAACCAGAAGAAUGUAAUGGGCAUCUGGGGUUGUGAAUGGCAGCUAGACCAACAGGCUGGAGCUGUGUCACACUUUCUUUGAUUUCCUUUGGGACUACAAGACAAUCCUUGAGAAUCAUCAGUAAUGGAAUACAAGACAAUCCUUGAGAAUCAUCAGUAAUGGAAUACAAGACAAUCCCUGAGAAUCAUCAGUAAUGGAUGAAGAAUCUCAGUGCUUGGGAUGGGGUGGGAGGGAACUGGGGAGAAAUGGGCAAAGGCCAGGAGGGAGUCAAAUGGUUUAACACAAACAGUGGCUGCUUCUGGCCAGAAAUACAGGCCUUGUUUUGAGACAUUUUACCAGACGUUGCAUUCCCACUUUCCUGAAACAGAACAAGGAUUUUUCAUUGAAGGUGGGAAGAGACUUUCUAGGACGAUUCCAGAAUCAAGGGGGAAAAUAUACAACAAUCAUUAUCAUAAUUUCUUAAAAUUUUAAUGAUUACCUCAUUGGUCUGCUUCAGCAUUCACGGGAAAAGAAAAAGGCUGGUUUCUUCUAAGUAUCCCCCCCUGCCAGGCCUGGUGUCUGACUUCUUGCUCAUUAAGAUCAAAAGGUCUUUGCUGUCCACUGGUACACUGGCCCUCACCGGGGAAAAAAGAGACCUCUGGUCUCAAAGCUUUUAGCAAAACAAUUAUCAGAUGCUUCUUAACAGCAGGAGAGGAAAGAAUGGGAAAAUAUAUAAGUCUCUGGUGUAGACCUGGUUGCUCUUCUACCAUGUUCUCACCAUUUGUUUUUUAGAAGCAAAUAUUAUUUUAGAAAGUUGGUUUAAAAGCAAAGGUUGUUGUGGGAAAAUAGAUGUUGGUUGAAAUCCUCAACUUGGAGCAGACUGGACAUUUAAUUAUUCCAAGUGCCUUUCUAUUCUAGAAAGCAACCUACAUUGCUUUGCUAAAAUGCGGCAAGAGCCCCAUUUUAAACUCUUUGUGAAAAGAGAGGACUCAGACCAUGAAAACAUGACCCCCACCAUUGCAGUAUUUACCCUGUAUCCUUGAAACUAAAAGCACCCAUACUUUGCUAGGGGAGAAAAAGGGUGAUGAGGAGAACUAUCAAGAACUAAGUGAUCCAGGGUUACUCUAAAGCCAGUUCCUAAUUAGAGAGAGCAAAAUUAGUCCUACAAUUACAAAAUGUGUUGACCAUUUUAAAUAUAUUUUAAAAAAACCAUCUGGCAUGGGGUACAUAUGCCUUUUGAGGGAGUGGAUAGUACUUCAAGACAGUUUAUAUUUCAAAACAAACACAGGAGUUGUUUGAAUGGGGACAGGGUCUGUACCUCCAGAAGAGAGUUGAUUGACAAUAUGGGAGACAUUAUGCUUAGCCUUCAUCUCUGUUGUCCAUUUCUUCCUUCCUUUCUUGCCCAUUUAUGUUCUUUCUCAAUUAUUUAUUGAUUCUUAGAAAAAUGAACUAAGGUUCAUUUUUCUCCAGUGCCAUCUUGGGCUUUUUAAUCAUCCUCACUUCAGCUUUGCCAAGGUGCUCAGGCUUCUGGCGACUUCAAAAACUGCUUGUUUGAUUUGCAGACUUGGUGCUUUGGGGCAUUUGUGGUUUGGAAGGACUCCUCCUGAGAAAUCACCUGCUGAGUUGUUUGGUGCUUUCCCUUUGGUUUGGGCAAAGCUCUUUAGUCUGCGUGACAGCAUUCCUCUUAAUUGAUUAGGGCUUUGUUUCAGAUUGGGCAUAGGAAUACAUGUUAUAUUGCAGCACGAUACCCUAGAGUUAACUGUGAUCUUAAUCUGAAAGAUUCCAUUCCUACAAUCUCUACCGUGAAACCUCAUGCUUUGCAUCCAUUGAGUGUGAUUUCAAUUUGCCCACAAUCAGAUGGGAGAGACAAAAUGGUCUGUCCUUGGUCCUGCUAGAAAGUUUGCUAGAAAUUGGUCCAGACAAGUCAGAGGUUACAUUAGGCAAGGAUUAGUAAGCAAUAAUAACACAAAUAAUUGAACAUUUAUUUCAAUGACAUUUGGAGUUUGGAAAAAAACAGAUUCAAGUUUUAGGCAUUUAUGUUUGCAGUGAUAGGCCAGUGAUCAAGAUUAAGCUAAACUCCAUCAUCACCCCCUGAAGUGACAUCCAGAGGGAUGUCUUAGAGGAGACAGUUCAUUGUCUCUAUCCUCUGAGAGGCUAUUCAGAGGAUGAUCGUGACUGUGACCCCCUGUACAAUUUAACAGAACUUUUAAAAAAAUUUUUACAAGGCAAUUGGAGUUACACGACUUGCCCAGAGAUGUUAAGUAUCUGUGGCAAGUUUUGAAUUCAAGUGCUCUGGACCCUCAGGCCCCUAUUGACUUUUUAAAAGGGAAGAGGAGGGAUUUUGACAUUCAAGAAAUGUCGAAUUUGGGCAUUUGGAUUUGAGAUCAAAAGACCUAUGUUCGAAUCCUGUUUGACUUUGAGUCGCCUAAUCUCUGGUCUUCACUUUCCUUCCCCAUAAAAUGAGAUGGUUAGACUAGAUUAUCUCAGAGAUCCAUUCCAACACUAUGAUGACUUUAUCCCAUUGUGCCAAUUUUAAUCAUGAAUGGAGUUACUUAGAGGAAUGAAUAGAACAUUUGGAAUGCACUGAACUUGGUAAUUUUUCUUCCUUUGACAAAAGUUGGAUACCUUCUCCUUCCAAAAAGUAACUGGUUACUCUCAGGGCCUUGGAUCUUCUGGUUUGAGCAUGAAGAAAAAAAGGAAACUUGUCCCACCCACCCAGCAUUUAUUAAGUGCCUAUUGUGAGCCAGGCACUGUGCUAAGUGUUGGAAUGUAAAGAAAGGCAAGAAACAGUCUCUAUUGCUAACCUGAAACCACCCUUGCUGCUGAAACUGGAGGCUGUAUUGUAGCAUUUGAAUUAAGACUGAUGGGUGUAGACUGAUGCUGGGCGGGCAACUCUCUCUCUUGAUUCUCAGCCCAGCCCAGGAAGCACCUGGACCAGCAUGAACUGAACAUCUGGCUGUGCACUGUUCUCCCCUCACACAGUUGCUUAAGCACUUCUGGACAGGAUUCACUCUCAAAGCCAAAGUUUCUUAAGCACUUUUUAUUAAAAGAAAAAAACUCUUUGCUGCACCCCUUGUUUUGUUUCAACUGUCUUAAUCUUUAUUUGCUUUCUUGCUAUGCAUUAGCAGUUGAUAAACAUUUUGAAUGAAGAGAAAGGAGUCUGAGAAGCUCAGAUCUCAGCAAUAUUUUAUUUAUUGUUAAACGUUUUCAAUGAUUCAAUCAGAAUACAUAAUAAAAGAACUAUUUUAUUGCCUUUUAACUGUA